UGACACUCUUGUACGCGCCCAUGCCGCCAGCUCACACAUAUGGGGUCUGAAGCCCGCUCUGUGCGGCGCGAGCCUGCAUCCUCUGUUUCCUCGUCUAGCGCACGUGUCGGCGACGCAGGAGCGCUCUGUUCUUUCGCCCCCGGAGGCAGCUACGAGCUUCAUGAUUUUCCACAAAAAGCAACGAGCAUAGCCCCAGCCAGCCCGCGCCCUCAUGACGACAGCGAAGACGGCCCUCGACGCAGUGAAUCCUCGCCCCGUCCUGGCAAGAACGAGAUGUCGCGCGCUCCGCUGCUGGUGCGAUCCUCUCCGGCGCAGGGCACCGGUUCAUAUGGCGGCCUCCCGGUCCUCUCCUUAAGCUCCAGCCCGGACGAGUCGGACGACCAUCAUGUGACCACGUUUCAUCAGCGAAGCAAGAGGAAGGGAAAGAGCAAGCUCAGGCACAGCGAACCCGCCCAGGCUCGGUCUUCCCUGCACCGCAGCCAUGACGACACGGCCCGGAGCGAGCCCGAGUUCACGACAUCACGCACUCGGCGGCGCAGCACCAGGCAUGAGAGCAGGCAAGGAGCGCUUGACGAGGCUCUCGAAGGGCACCAGGAGUCCGGGCUGGAAACGCGAUUCAACGCCAGCGGUCUGGCUCCUUCAGCACAUGGCGCUCCUCGAAUCUUUGAAAGCCUCCAGUCGUCCUCCACAAGCAGUCAGGUCGAAGGACCAGAUGACGAAGAUGAAUCAUCAGAAAGCGAAGAUAUGCACGACAUCAAGUCGAACGGCUCCCCGUCGGAUGAUUCACCCUACGCUCAAGUACGGGCUUCUGUAGCGGCGACCGACGAUACCUCCUUAUCUAUCAACACACCUCGCAUGUGGACGCUGUCGAUCUUGUUUGCGAUACUUGGCUCUUCUACCAACCUAUUCUUUUCCUUAAGAUACCCCAGCGUUAGCAUCACGCCCAUCAUUGCUCUUUUGCUUGUUCAUCCUCUUGGCCUGCUCUGGGACCAGAUUCUAAAACGCUCCGAUGAUCCCGACGAAUCGUUUGUCAAUGGAGCGCUCCAUUCCGGCAGUCGCUGCCUGUAUGCAGAUGGCAGCCGACCUGCUUUCAGGCGUAGCUCGCAACCAUCAUUGUCGAAAGUGCCCCGGAGCACACGACUUCGACUCUGGUUGGCGCAAGGGCGCUGGAACGCUAAGGAGCAUUGCUGCGUCUACAUCAGCAGCAAUGUAUCCUUUGGUUUUGCGUUUGCUACAGAUGUUAUCGUGGAACAAACAAAGUUCUACCACCAAGAUCUGGGCGUCGUCUAUCAGAUCCUGCUGACACUGUCAACGCAAAUCCUCGGAUAUGCUCUCGCUGGCCUCACACGCCAGUAUCUCGUUCGCCCCAGCGGCAUGAUUUGGCCAAGCACUCUGGUUUCUACGGCUAUGUUCACCGCGCUACACAAGGACGAGAACAAGCCGGCUAAUGGCUGGACGAUUUCGCCGUCCAAGUUCUUUCUACGCGUUUUCGUCGGCUCAGUUGCGUUUUAUUUUCUUCCCGGGCUUCUCAUGCCCGCAUUGAGCUAUUUCAGCGUCAUCACUUGGUUUGCUCCGAAGAAUGUAGUCAUUGCUAACCUGUUUGGGAUUGCUUCGGGACUUGGAUUGUUCCCUUUGACUUUCGACUGGGCGCAGAUUGCUUACAUUGGCUCGCCACUAGUCACGCCUUUUUGGGCUGCACUCAACAUCCUCGGCGGCCUCGUCGUGGUCAUGUGGGUCAUGGCCCCGUUAAUGUAUUAUGCAAACGUUAUGUUCUCGGCCUACAUGCCGAUCUUGUCAGCUGCCGUUUUCGAUAAUCGAGGGAAGCCGUACGAUGUCAGCAAGAUUUUAACCGACAAGUUUUUGUUCGACGAGAAUGCAUACAAGAACUACAGCCGAGUGUUUUUACCUAUAACAUACGUCUUGAGCUACGCGCUGCAGUUCGCCGCUCUCACAGCUUUGAUCUCACACACCGCACUCUGGCACGGAAAGGACAUAUGGAGGCAAUGGCGCCGCUCAUGGGCCGAGAUCCGGAAGAAACCAAGCGCAGAGUACGAGCCAUUGCCGGGUAACAACGUCAGAAAUGGUCGCCCAGCCUCGCCGCAGAUGUACAGAUCGAGCACCACGUCCGAACCCGAGCUCGAGGAUCUGCUCACUGCAGAGGACGUACACAACCGGCUCAUGCGCAGGUACGAAGAUGUACCAAUAUGGUGGUACAUUACGACGGGGGUGAGCAUGACAGCCAUCGGUAUAUUCGUCGUUGAAUACUACCCUAUACAUCUACCCUGGUACGGCCUUCUGCUAGCCCUCAGCAUCGGCGCGACCUUAUUCAUCCCUAUCGGUAUCGUUAUGGCUAUCACCAACCAACAAAGCAGCCUCUACCUCAUCUGCCAACUCAUCUGCGGCGUUGCUUUCCCCGGCCGUCCUGUCGCGAACAUGGUCUUUACAACCUACGGCUAUAUCACUUCCACCCAAGGCCUAAAGUUCUCUUCCGAUCUCAAGCUUGGCCACUACAUGAAGAUUCCACCCAAGAUCCUCUUCAACCUCCAACUUUCUGCCACCAUCAUAUCCAGCCUAACGCAGAUCGGUGUGCUUAAUUGGAUGCUCGCUUUCAUUCCCGGCAUCUGCACAUCCGAAGCCAUUAACGGCUUCACCUGCCCUAUCGCACGCGUUCACUUCAAUGGGAGCAUUCUCUGGGGUGUCGUAGGGCCUAGGCGCUUCUUUGGCUCCGGUGCGCUAUACCGCCCCCUCAUUUGGGCCUUCCUCGUUGGCGCCGUCGCACCAAUCGGGUUAUGGCUUCUCGCACGCCAUGAUCGCAAAUCCAUCCUCCGCAAAGUGAACCUCGCUGUUGUCUUUGGCAGUUUAUCAUGGAUACCCCCAGCCACAGGGCUCAACUUCUCUGUGUGGGCCAUGGUAUGCUACAUCUUCAAUUUCGAGAUCCGGAAGAGGAAAAAGGAGUGGUGGAAGAAAUAUAAUAUGACAUUAAGUGCGGCGCUGGAUUCGGGUCUUGCUGUCGGUGUUGUGGUCAUUUUCUUUGGCAUUGUGUUCCCAGGUUGGAUGAGCGGGUUUAAGUGGUGGGGAACUGAGGUGUAUAAACAGGGCUGCGAUUGGACGGCGUGCUCAUACAAAACGGUCAAGAACGGCGAUACAUUUGGCCCGCAUAAGUGGUGAUUUUGCAUAGUACUUCAUCGGAGUUGCAUUGGAUGAGCGAAGGGUUUUUGCAUUCUGGAACACAUUAUUGGCAUUGCUAGAUACCUAUUUACGGCUCCUCACUCACUCCUUAUACUCCGCUUUCUCCAUCUCUUUCUCCGUUUCCUUCCUGUC